AUGUCUACUUCAGGAGCAAGCUCUGCUCUUCCUAUCGAGGGAUCGACAGAUGGCCGUGCCGCCGUGGUAUCACAGGAUUGGAAUUCUGUUGGUAGCGCUCUUCCCCCAAACCUUCCUACUCUCAGUGUCCGCAGGGGUUGGGUGCCCCUCGCCAUAUUGCAGAGGGGCGAACCUCGCAGCCUUCAGCUACCAAUCGAAGUUCCUGCCAACGACCAACCAUUCCAGUCGACUACGUCUCAGAACAACGAGGGUCAACCCGCCGGUACCGUGCUCCAGGAGACUCUGCGAGAGCUUUGGAGAAUGAUCCCUGCCGAACGUGAUACCAUUACUCAGGUCAUCAGUGGCCUGCCCGAACAAAGCAGAGCUGUUUUUUUCCAUCGUCACGCCGAGCGUUACGCCGACGUUGUUCACGAAUGUAUGGUACCGCAAGCCCGCGCAAUCAUGGCCAAUGGUAACUUCAAUGUCGAGCAACUUCGCACUCUGCCUACCAUCACGCCCAACUGGCCCAAAUUUGCUGGCGUUUACCUCAUCAUCUAUGGCGACUUUGGUGGUCGCAAGUGUGACAAUACAAUCUACCACAUCGUAAUCUACGUCGGGCAGACCAUCGGAUUUCAGCAGCGUCAAGAUGCCCAUCAGCGACACCGGGCUAACGGUGAUAGAUCAACCCACUACACUCUGGCCGCGAAUGCAAACCAGGUUCGCAUGGUUCCUCUCAUUAUCCAGAACACGCAAAAUGUCCCCGAAGCAUUUCUUGACAUUGCGGAGUUUUCCAUGGUUGCCCUUUUGGGGAGCUGGUAUGCAGCUCUUCAUAACCCUCUUCAACCAAACGCUUUCGGAGCGUACUCGAUGGACCACGAGGCGUGUAUGAUGUUUUCACGUCUCAUGAUGGUCGUUUCGAACAGAACUGGCUGGAGACGGGGUCCUACUUACGGCUUAAACUGGAACACGCCGAUUGUUCGACACCCGAACUUCGACAUGAAAUGGACUUCUUGGUAUGAAGAAUCCGUGGAUUGCUUUGUGUACCGUACCCGCAGGACCAUUGUGAAGAAGCCUGGACAGGUCAUGGUCCAUUGGCAUGCCAGCACGCAGGUACAGAUUCCCAAAGAGGUGGCUGAUGAUGCAGGAUUUGAGAAUGGUCAAUCCGUGCAUCUCGUGGUUGAGGUGCGCAAACGCAAUGGCGAGUAUCUCACCCACGCAAUGCGCUAUGUGAGAUUUCCCCCCAUGGUAGGUCGGAACCCGGAGCUCGAAAAACUCAGAUCCCUUGCUGUCAAGAUCCAGUGGUUGCCCAAAGGCACUACUGUAUGGAAGCAGUAUUACAUUGAGAGGUCUCGCCUUUGGCAGCCUAUCAGCAACACCAACGACGUUCUCAACAUUUAUCGCACUGGGCUCAUGUUGCUUAACGACGUCGAAAAAGUGACAUAUACUGGAGGUCCUGCAUGGCUAGCCCCCCUUGCACCCACAGGCAUCCAGUUCUUACGUUACAACCACCUCAAGCAAAAGUUGGUCGUCGAGACGGUCCAGACUACUGUUGUCCCUUGGCCGCAGGACAACACCAUACAGCAGAAUACCUUGAGACUUCAGCAUUUGUUCCCACCCGCUUCGUCUCCUGACACUGUCAUUGGAGCACAGCCUGCUUAUGGGUUCUUCCCACGACUUCGAAAGUCCUGUGACCUUUGUCUUUCACAGCGGACUACUACUGCAUGCACCUAUGAUCCUAGCGACCAUUCAUGCAAGUGUUGCCGCGCGCUUCGCCGUCCUUGUACUUGGUCCCGUAGUGGUUUGGAGAUCACUGACUUGUUUGUCCACAACCAACCUCUCGAAGAGCUUGGUAUUGCGGUGAACAUCUCUCGAGACGAGCUCUCACAGAUCAAGAACUGCGAUGUAGAUCCAAUUGAACUGGACAUCGAAGGAGAGGAUCACUCUCUGGAUGGUUAA